UGCCCGACGUCUUUUCCAGACCGUAGGGAUUUGCUCAGCGGCCCAGAAAUCCUCCCUAGAAGGCGAGAAAGAAUUGGACCUGGGAGGCCCUAAUCACUCCCCCCCCAAAAAAAAAAUCAUUUCCAGGUCUGUUUGUCGCCAGCUCGUGCCUUUUGUCUAAUCUUUGGCCCCUGCAAAUCUGCUUUUCGGCCCUGGGAGUAACGUGGUCGCCUCUGAUAAUGGCCACGAGCCUGUCUUUUGUUUUUAAAAAUCAGAAUUUGUUUGGGGGAAGCCCAAAGCUUCCUUGGCACGCUGGUGCAGGGGCAAAAUCCAGGGCUUCUCUGUCGCUGGCCUUUUCAGAAGGGCGACUGAGCGAGGGCAUCCACCCAGGGCACAGCCGCCUGGGCUCCCUGGGGGGUCUCGGGUCUCCUGCGAGGGAGUUCCCUGCGGAGCCCCCAGAUUCCUUGCGGGAGACAUUUCCUUGCAGAGGGUGUGUGCCCUGCAAAGCGGGCCCCGCAAACUGAAUGAAGGGGGACAGCCCCCUCCCUAAGCCCUCUUGCUGGGACCCUGCCUUCCCUUGGUCCCUGGACUAGCAGGCCCAGGGUGCCUGGGAGCAGAGAAGCCUGGACUUCCACUGCCACCAAGAUGUUGCUGCGACAGGAAGGAGAGGCUCCGCCACCAAUCUGUUGGGUUUAGUUUGUUGCCUAAAUGUUGAGUUAAAGGUUUUCCUAUGCAUCACUUGGCUGUAUCAUUUGCUGAGGUCACGCUGAAGGUGCACGUCAGCGACUCCAGCACCCACCAGCCGGUGGCGGACGCCGUCAUCGAGGUCUUCACCAACCAGGUCUCCAUCGCGUCCGGCACCUCGGGGGCGGAUGGCGUCGCCUUCAUCAAGUUCCAGUACAAGCUGGGCAGCCAGCUGAUCGUCACGGCCACGAAGCACGCCUACGUGCCCAACUCCGCCCCGUGGAAGCCCAUCCGGCUGCCCGUAUUUUCCUCACUGAGCCUUGGCCUGCUCCCAGAACGAUCUGCCACUCUGAUGGUGUACGAAGAUAUUGUCCAGAUAGUAUCAGGAUUCCAAGGUGCCCGGCCGCAGCCCCGAGUCCAUUUCCAGAGAAGGGCCCUGCGGCUGCCAGAGAACACCAGCUACAGUGACCUGACCGCGUUUCUCACGGCCGCCAGCUCCCCGCAAGAGGUGGACAGUUUUCCUUAUUUGCGAGGAUUAGACGGGAAUGGAACAGGAAACAGCAGCAGGCACGACCUGACCCCGGUCACAGCUGUCAGCGUCCACCUGCUCAGCGGUAAUGGAACGCCGGUGCUGGUGGAUGGUCCCAUCUAUGUCACCGUGCCCCUGGCCACACAGAGCAGCCUGAGGCACAAUGCCUAUGUCGCGGCGUGGCGGUUUGACCAGAAGCUGGGAACGUGGCUGAAGAGCGGUCUGGGCCUCGUGCACCAGGAAGGCAGCCAGCCGACGUGGACGUACAUUGCCCCCCAGUUGGGGUACUGGGUGGCAGCUAUGUCCCCUCCCGUGCCAGGUCCCGUUGUAACACAGGACAUUACCACGUAUCACACGGUGUUUCUUUUGGCCAUUUUAGGAGGAAUGGCUUUCAUACUUUUGGUUUUGCUGUGUCUGCUUUUGUAUUAUUGCAGGAGGAAGUGCUUGAAGCCACGGCAGCAUCACAGAAAACUGCAGCUGCCCGCAGCCCUGGAGAGCUCCAAAAGAGACCAGUCCACUUCGAUGUCACACAUCAACUUGCUGUUCUCACGCCGGGCGUCGGAAUUCCCCGGCCCGCUGUCUGUCGCCGGCCACGGCCGCCCCGAGGCCCCGGGCGCAAAGGAGGUGAUGAGCGGGGUGCAUUUGGAAAUGAUGUCCCCCGGCGCGGAGGAGGACCUGCACACCCCCAUGCUGAAGCUCUCCUACAGCACCUCCCAGGAGUUCAGCUCUCGGGAGGAGCUCCUGUCCCACAAGGAGGAAGACAAAAGCCAAAUCUCCUUUGAUAACUUGACGCCCAGCGGGACGCUGGGGAAAGACUACCGCAAGUCGGUGGAGAUCUUUCCCCUAAAGGCAAGAAAGUCUGCAGACAGGGAAGGCUACCAGUCCCCUGGCAACGACGACUACAGGGGCAGUUACAGUGCCGUGCUGUCCCAGCCCCUGUUUGACAAGCAGGACAGAGAGGAUCCGGCGUCUGCAGGGAGCAAACUCACCAUCCAGGAGCACCUGUAUCCUGCGCCUUCGUCACCCGAGAAGGAGCAGCUCCUGGACCGCAGACCCACCGAGUGCAUGAUGUCGCGGUCAGUCGAUCACCUCGAGAGACCCACGUCGUUCCCGAGGCCGGGCCAGCUGAUCUGCUGCAGCUCGGUGGACCAGGUCAAUGACAGCGUUUACAGGAAGGUGCUGCCCGCCCUGGUCAUCCCCGCCCACUACAUGAAACUCCCAGGGGACCAUUCCUACGUCAGCCAGCCCCUCGUGGUGCCCGCCGACCAGCAGCUCGACAUAGAAAGACUCCAGGCCGAGCUGGCCAACCCGCACGCGGGCAUCUUCCCGCACCCGCCGGGCCCGAUGCAGCCCCAGCCGCUGUCGUCGCAGGCCAUCUCCCAGCAGCACUUGCAGGACGCGGGGGCGCGGGAGUGGGGCCCCCAGACCUCGGCCAUGUCCGAGUCCCUCUCCAUCCCGGCGUCCCUGAACGACGCGGCGCUGGCGCAGAUGAACAGCGAGGUGCAGCUCCUGACGGAGAAGGCGCUGAUGGAGCUCGGGGGUGGGAAGCCGCUGCCGCACCCCCGGGCCUGGUUCGUGUCCCUGGACGGCAGGUCCAACGCCCACGUCAGACACUCGUACAUCGACCUCCAAAGAGCUGGCAGGAAUGGAAGUAACGACGCCAGUCUGGACUCCGGCGUGGACAUGAACGAGCCCAAAUCUGCCCGGAAGGGAAGGGGCGACCCUCUGUCCCUGCAGCAGAGCCACCCACCGGGCCAGGAGCACCAGCAGAGAGAGCCCAGGGCCCCGGACGGCACGGCCUACACGCAGCUCGUGUACCUGGACGACAUGGACCAGAGCGGCAGCGAGUGCGGGACCACGGUCUGCACGCCCGAGGACAGUGCCCUGCGGUGCCUGCUGGAGGGGACAGGCCGGAGGAGCGGCGGCCAGCUGCCCAGCCUGCAGGAGGAGACAACCAGGCGGACUGCGGACGUCCCCGCCGAGCCCCCGGCCAGUCCCCGCCAGAGACGGUCUGCUCAGGAGGAAGACGAAGACGAAGACGACGAGGACGACCAAGGAGAGGACAAGAAGAGCCCCUGGCAGAAACGGGAGGAGAGACCCCUGAUGGCGUUCAACAUUAAAUGAGCCGUCGCGGGGAAUGACACGAGAUUGCCAAAUAUCCUUUCCCGCGGAAGCGUGUCCCCGUGCACGGAGGAAGCGGAGCAGCGGCCACCAUGGGAAGAGUGGGCCUUUCGCUCGCCGCAUUCCCGUUUGCUCCGCACCUGCCCGAGCGGACUGGCGGCGACCCCUCAGAAUAGAGGGUGACUCCGGUGGACGCCCAGAGCAGUGUCCGGCUGUCCACGGACUGGACAAGUGUCCUGCCUCCGGGGACACCGAGCAAGCCCGCGUGAUGUCGCUACACUCCAACGAUCACCUCAGUUCCCCCUCAGAUUCUGGAAACAGAUGGAACUCGUUUUUGCAUUGCUUGAAUAUCCAUUUUAUCCCAAUAAUGCUACUGUGAAGCUAUUAUCGAGCAAUUCAGUGGGCACUUUAGUGUCUCAAGGAAUGCAUUAUCUCAAAGGAAAGCUAUGCAUUGCUGCUUCGUCGCUUAGAUCUUUGCUUUGGUUAGGUUUUGUUUUGGGGUUUGCCUUUUUCUCUUUUCUUUCUUAUUUUUUUUUUUAUUUCAAAUACAAUUUGGUUGUAAAAAUUUCACUCCUCUGUUUUUUAAUCUGUUCUCCUUCUCAGUGGUUUAUUUCAGUGACUCCCUCCGGGAACUCCUGAGUAUGUCAUCUCUUGACAUCCAAGCCUUUUAAAUGAAAUCGUACUGAGAUAUUUUUUUUUUUUUUUUUUAAUCAGCUAAGAGUCCUUCAAUUCUGGUCGCAUUAACUCCAAGUGCCUUUUUUACAGUGACAACAGACAGUCCCUCGCUUUUGUUGGUUUUUCUGAACCCGUUUAACUGAACUGCCUGGAUUUUAUAAAGUUACUCGAUGAUAAUCCCUUUCUGUAAACUGCAUGCGGCCAAGUGCCCUGGGGCCCAGCACCUUCCUCUCAGCGCAGCGUGCUCUCUAGUUAUCAUGUGUAACGUGGGUUCUGUUUAGCUAAGAUAGACUAGAGGACACUUUAGAGAUGCCCUUGCCCAUCCUGUCCCUCUGGCCACUAGCCACCAUUAUGGUUUUAUUGGCUGUUUGUAUAUAUACGGUGACGUAUUAACUCUGGAAUCCUAUGGGCUGGUCUUGUUCACCAAACAUGGGAGUGUGGACUGAGCAAGUGGGCUGAAUGUGACUAUUACAAAAAAAAAAAAAAAAAUCUUAUGUACUAUCCAAAAGUGCCAGAAUGACCCUUCUGUGCAUUCUCCUUAAAGAGCUGCUUGGUUAUCCAAAAAUGAAAAUUCAAAAUAAAGUCUGAAGAAGAAAAAAAAAAA